AUGGCCACAUCCAAUUCUUCUGCCUCUCUGCCCACCCUCUUCUGGGCCAAUGGCUCUGGAGACAGCGUGCUGAAUACCGAUGGUGCCGCAAUGCCCGCCCAGUUCCUUGCUCUGAGGAUCGCAGUGGCACUAACCUAUGGACUUGUAGGUAUCAUCGGCUUGCUGGGAAAUUUGGCUGUACUGUGGGUGCUAAGUAACUGUGCUCAGGGUGCGCCUGGCCCGCCUUCUGACACCUUUGUCUUCAGCCUGGCUCUGGCCGACCUGGGGCUGGCCCUCACUCUCCCUUUCUGGGCAACUGAAUCAGCACUGGACUUCCACUGACCUUUCGGGAGUGUCCUCUGCAAGACAGUCUUGACGACCACUGUGCUCAACAUCUAUGCCAGCAUCUUCCUCAUCAUGGCGCUGAGUGUGGCCAGAUACUGGGUGGUGGCCAUGGCUGUGGGACCAGGCAGUCACCUCUCUGUCUUCUGGGCCCGUGUGGUCACCCUGGCAGUGUGGGUGGCAGCUGCCCUGGUGACUGUACCUACGGCAAUCUUCGGGGCUGAGGGUGAGUUGUGGGGCGUGCGCCUCUGCCUUCUGCGUUUUCCCAGCAAAUACUGGCUGGGGGCAUACCAGCUACAGAGGGUAGUUCUGGCCUUCAUCGUGCCCUUGGGCAUCAUCACCACCAGCUACCUGCUGCUGCUGGCCUUUCUACGGCGUCAGCAGCGACGCAGGUCUUGCCAGUGGCAGGACAGCCGGCUGGUAGCACGCUCUGUCCGUCUCCUGGUGGCCUCCUUCAUCCUCUGCUGGCUUCCCAAUCAUGUGGUCACUCUCUGGGGUAUUCUGGUCAAGUUUGAUCUGGUGCCCUGGGACAGCACUUUCUACGUCAUCCAUACUUACGUCUUUCCCGUCACCACCUGCUUGGCACACAGCAACAGCUGCCUCAACCCUGUGCUCUACUGUCUCCUCUGGCGCAAGCCUCGGCAGGUUCUGGUCAGCUCCAUCAGGGAUCUUUGGUCAAGAUUGUGGCCCCAGAGCAAGGCCUGUGUGGAGCAAGUGGCCCUCAAGGAGGUAGGUGGGAGAUGGGUAGCCAGCACUCAGGAAAGUGGUCCCUCUACAACAUGUACAAACACAAAGGGACGUCUGGAUGAAGGAUGCAACCUGGACACUCCCUUUUCUGAGAUCUACUGGGGGCAUAACCCAUAGGUUCUGGGGAGAAGCUGCUCUCUCUGCCAGGCUGCAGGGUCCCCAGGAAAAGUCUGUCUUUGA